UUACGAUUCCAUUCUAGAGAGAGCAGUGCUCGAGCUCGACCAGAAUGGCUGUCCAUAUUCCAUUAUGUUUCGGAAUGCGUUUGUUGCAAUGUUAAAGACGCAGUGCGUCUGCCACUCCGAUCUCAGUAUUAUCAUCAUGACGACGCAUCUGACUUCAAAGCUAGGCAUUUGUCGUGGGAUUACGUGGAAUCUAUUGCCGAAGAUGUUCGCAUAGCUCAUGAACCUCCGUCUGUUGUCGUGGAAGUGAAAUCAUCGGCUCAAGAUAUGGCUAUAGUGCUGCAGCGAGCGCGAUUUGUUGCGUCGCUUAUUGAACAGUUGUUGACUUACAGCACUUGGCCUGCACAGGAAGUUAAAGUCGUUGCUAACAAGGAUGUCGCGAACGAUGAUUGCCCGAAAACGUCUAGAUCCAAGGAUUCUCUCGAAGUCAUAAUCAAACGAACAUUCGCUAGUGCGCUGGUGCUCUUGCAUCGUUGUGGAUUCGUGUCCUACAAUUCUUUGUGCAAAGAAUCUCUCUGGAAGGAAGUCAAGGAUACGUGCCAGAAGAAGUUGAGUGCAAUGGGUGACUCUUAUGAAAUGAAUCGAGUUUCUCAUGAAGCUGAACUUUCGUUGAAAAGUGGAACAAACAGGCCAAAAGACAAACGUGCAGCUGGAAGUUUUGAGUACGACUCCCUGCAGGUUACCCGUGAAGCCCGUUUCUCCCGUUUGUCUGGAGACCAAGAGAUACUGGACGAGUAUCCUGAGAGAAAUGAGCUUGUCGAUGGAUUGCCCAGCAGAAAGUUUUACUCUGCUGUGUUCAAGGAGCAUAAGGUGCUUUCCGAACACGUUCCUGAUAACAUUCAUGUCCAUGCGUUCGCUAACAGGUUGAACGUUUUGCACGUUCUCAUAAUUGGACCUGUUGGAACUCCUUUUGAUACUACUCCCUUCUUCUUCAAGUUCAAGCUUCCCGCUGACUAUCCACAAAAACCGCCUGAGGUAACAUACGUGGCCUACUCACAAGAACAACUCAAUCCGAAUCUCUACCAAAAUGGAAAGGUGUGCACAACAUUAAUCUUGGUACCGGAACCAUAUUUCAAUGAAGCUGGAUAUGAAUCACGCAAGCAGCAGUCGGAAAUGUCCGAUCGGUCUCGUCGCUAUAAUGAAACCGCAGCCAUCAAUUCCUUGGAGUACCUUCUCAAG